AUGCGGCCCUUAUCUUGGCUGUUUCUAGCCUUCACCGUGUGCUACGGCCUCGACGUUGGAAGCGGCGAGUUGGCAAGCUCUGGCUACGACCUGGAAGCAAGUGGAAUCGUCGAGGGAUCAGCAGAAGAAGCGACACCAAGUUGGAUCCAGUUUUCGGAGGACAACUUCAGUUGUGCAGACAAACCUGAUGGGAUCUAUGCCGUGGGCCCGUGCCAGAAGUUGUUCAGAAUGUGCGCAAACAAGAUCCAGACGGAUUUCGAUUGUCCCAGUGGUACGGCGUUCUCCGAAACACUCGAAAGAUGUGAAUACUUCGGGAAUUUGACUGAAUGCGAACAGUAAGUUACUUUUUUUUGCUUUUUUGAUUUUUAGGUAUUAUUAGAGGUGUUUUUGAAUUGUGUUUUGAAGGAAAUAUAUUAGGGAUGUUUUUUUGGCAAAAUCUUGGAGUUUUCGACUAUUUUUGGCAAAAAUUUCUGUGUGUAAUAUCGGCAAUUUUUCGUUGAACUUUUUUUUGGGCUGAAUUCUUUGUGAAAACAAAGGUUACGGAGAUAAAAGUUUGUGGUUUGCGUAUUUCGUAAAAUUUUUGAACAUUCUUCGAAUUCAACAAAAUUUAUAUGAUUUUAGCUUGUUGGCGACGACUACAACCACGUCGACCACUACUACAACGACGACCACGACAACUACAACCACUACGACGACCACCACCACAACGACAACGACCACUACAACCACAACGACUACCACGACGACUACCACUACGACACCAUCGACUACUACGACGACGGUGCCACAAGUGACCGAAGAUCCGUUGUUCAUGAAGACUUACCCAACUUACAAGGUCAGGUCACGUGGCAGAACAACUCCGAAGCCAGUGCAUCAUGUUAUCUCGUUCGUUCCGGACUUGUCGCAGCAGAAGUUUGCGAAAAGUAAGUCGUAUUUUGUUAUUCUUCCUCAAUUUUUAAUUGAUUUUAAUCUUUUUUUGCUUUUUCAUAAGCAUUUUUGAUGGUUUAUAUAAUUUUAAAGCUUUAGUUUAGUUGUGUCACUUACAACUUGUAUGGAUUUUGGUAUUUUAUGUUAAACUUGAUUUUUGUCUAAAAACGCCUUUUUUAAGGUUUAAUGAUGUAAUUUUGCAGAGAUUUCGUUCAAAGAAGAAGAAGACGAAGAUUGUGAAGAAUCAUUCGAAGAGCUGCCUCUUUUGGACGACUCUAAAGAGGAUGGAGAAUACCUAGAACGGUUAGACCAGGACACCGAGUCAGUGGAACGCUUGGACACGACCACCAGUGUGCCUCACGAUCUGGUCGAGCACAUUCAAGCUUCAGAAGCUCCUACUGCAUCAGCUGUUGAAUACCUCGGCCCACUAUUGGGUGAGUUUUAAAUAUUUUUAAAUUUUACUUGAUUUUUAUGGUAAUUGGGGAUUUAUGGGCUUGUUAACAUGAUUUAAGUUAUUAUUUUUAUGAUUUCAGAAUCAUCGACAGUCACGCCUGAUGUGUCUUCAACUCCAGAGUUUGAAUAUCUUGGGCAAGAAGUCGCCAGCACUUCAGGAUUUGAUUACCUUGGCCCACUAGCAAGUUCAAAAUCAGAACCAAUAGAGUAUCUUGGAGGAUUAAAUGUGGAUUCAGAAGCAUCUUCGACCACGAACAUUGUAGAGUCCUCGACGCAACAGAUUGUAUCAUCUUCUGUAGUUUCCAACGCUGAUAUCGAAUUUUUUGGACCAGUAAAAGGUAAGGAUAACAGUCAGUUAGUUUAUAUUGUUUUCAUUAUUUCAGAAUCUUCUACUGCUUCUUCUGGGCCUUCAUCGACUUCAGGUUUUGAAUUUUUGGGACCAGAAGCUCCAAGCACUCCAUCGUUUGAGUUUCUAGGACCAUUAGCAAGCUCAACCCCAGAAUCCACAGAGAAUUUUGGAGGUUUGAAUGUGGAUUUAGAAGCAUCUUUGACCAAAAACGCUGUAGAGUCAUCGACACAGUUUGUUGGUGGAUCAGAACAGGAGUUACAAGCCUUAGUAUUCACUACCACGUUGAGACCCUUUGAAUUGUUGGGAGAAUUGGGGACAGAAGCUUCAUCUACUGAUAAGGCGUUUAAGUCUACGGAAUCUGCUGCUCAAUCUCAACUACCUGUCGAAUAUUUGGGAAGAGUCGAGAGUAAAUACAAUGGAUUUGAGUAUCUGGGCGGAUUAUUUGAUGGUAAGUACAUUUAUAUUUUUUAGACCGAUGUUAUUGGCUUUUGAGAUUGAAAUGUUUGUUAGGUCGGUUACAAUGUUAUUUUGUUAAAUAUUAUAUUUUAAUGCAUUCAGAAUCGUCAACGGCCUUACCUGAGGUUCCUUCAACGCUCACUGCUGAAUCUUCAAAGCCACAAGUUCAUAGCACAUCGGCAUUCGAGUACCUAGGUUCAGUACCUACCACAACAUCAAGACCAUUUGAGUUCCUUGGUGGAUUAGAACAGAAAUCAGGAGCUUCAGAAGCAAGUACGACAUAUGAGCCAUUCGUGUUGUUAGGAGGAUUGAAUUCAGAAACUUCUUCGACUACAAACAUUGUUGAGUCAUCGACGCAACUGGUUGUAGCUUCUUCAGAUUCUAGUGCUGAUUUUGAUUACAUAGGACCAAUAAAAGGCAAGGAUAACAAUUAGUUGGUUUUUCUUAUUUUCAUUUUUUUAGAAUCUUCUACUGUUUCUUCUGGGCCUUCUCCAACUCCAGAUUUUGAAUUUUUGGGACCAGAAGCUCCAACUACUUCGUUCGAGUUCUUAGGCCAAUUAGCGAGUUCAACCUCAGAACCCACGGGGCAAUCUGGAGGACUGAAUGUGGAUUCAGAAGCAUUUUCGACCACAAACGCUGUAGAGUCAUCAACGCAGUUUCUUGGAUUGCAACAGGGAUCACAAGCUCCAGUAUCUGAUGGAUCUUUAGCUGCAAACGUUGUAGACUUUGCAACGCAACAGACUGUCGAGUCUUGGACGCAACGGAUCGUAGCUUCUUCUGCAGUUUCCGAUGCUGAUGGCAAAUAUUUUGGACCAAUAAAAGGUAAGAAUAGCAAUUAAUUAUUACUUUUCUCUUCUUAGAAUCUUCUACUGCCUUUUCAGAAUCCUCUUCAACACCGAUCACAGCACCUGUAAACUCAGAAGUCUCCAGCACAUCGGCGUUCGAGUACUUGGGACCAAUGCGUACCACAACUGCAAGACAAUUUGACUUUCUGGGUGAAUUAGAACAGGACUCAGCAGGUCCAGAAUCGAGUACGACAUCAGAACCUUUCGUGUUAUUAGGAGAAUUGGGACAAGAAGCUUCGUCUACUGGUAAGACGUUGGAAUCUUCAGAAUCUACUUUUCAACCUCAAGUUCCGGUUGAGUAUUUGGGCAAAGUCGAAAGUAAAUACAGUGGCUUUGAGUACUUUGGUGCAUCAACGGAUAGUAAGUUAAUAUAAAAUUGUUUUUGGUUGUUGUGGAUUUAAAAUUAUUAUUUUACGCUUUUUAAUGUGAAUCUAUUGGUUUUUAUACAAAACUUUUGUUUUAGAACCAUGUGAAGGCAAAUCGACUGUUCGUUCUCCAAUCUUCAAUGCUGCACAGCCAGAGAAGAGCCAAGAAGAGGGAGAUGAAUUCAGCUUUAUUGGUGAGUGGCUACCUACUACAACAUCAGAGCCGUUUGAGUACCUGGGAGAGUUGGAGGCAAACUCAGGAGAAUCCUCAACGACUAACCUGGUAGAAACUUCAACUCAACAAAUUGUGUCAUCUACUGUUGCCACAACGACUCAAAGGAUUCCCAGUUCGAACCAACAUUUCUACGAUGGAAACCACUACAAUGGAGUUGACGAUGGAGAUUACAAUGUCUAUUAUCCUUCAGAUGCUGAUGCUAACUUCUACGAACGCCACGGUGGAGUUAAGGAAGCGUCGAAUCCUGGAGUGGAAUUUAGAUAUUUGAUGCCGAAGCAAGACCCGGAAAGACCAGUGCCCUUGGUUGAUGUGGAUUCUGGAGAAGAACGUUUAACGGAUUCUUUCGAUACUCCAGAAGAUUUGGGACAUAAGGGCGAGGACGAGACGCCCAGCUUCUGGAAUCCGUUUGAACACGAUUACGAGAACCUGGGUCAACUUCUGAAGACUUUCUUUGGCACACCGGAUUCAGGUAACGUUAUAUAUUUUGAAUUUUUAAGUUUCAGGUCAUAAUUUUUAAAAUUUUAAGAGAUUUUUAUAUAAUUUUUUAAAUUUUAGUCAAUGUUUUGGAUUUCUUACUAAAAUUUUAAAAAUAAGUUUUAACGGUUUUCAGUUUCAGGUGAACUUCACGACUCUUUCAAUGUUCCAGACGAUGUUAACGAGCAGGCACACAGUGACUUUGUCGGGCCAAUCGAACACGAGCCAGUAGAUGAUGCCUUCGAGCUGCCAGAACAAACUGAAUUUAUUCAUUCGGCGUUCGAAAUCCCACCAUCUGAUGCUAAUUACGUUGCCGAUGAAUUCCUAGUGGACGAUGAAAAGCAUGACGGGUAUGACCAAGCCUACAGGAAGAAGAGAUCCGUUCCUAGAAGACCUUGCAAACCUCGCGAGGAAUAUGUUGUAAGUUUAUGUUUGUUACAUUCUUUACAUCACACUUUUUGUGGGUAUUGCAGAGUACAAUAUUGUUGGUGAUGUUGUAGAAUUAAUAUUUAAUAUUAUUGUUGUUUAUCAGAUUAUAAACCAAAUCCUGCUGUUGUUUAUAACUUUCUAAAAAAUUUUUGAUUUCAAUUUUAAAAAUCUGUUUUAGAAGCCAAUUGACCGCGCUGUAGAGGUUUGUAAAGCCCGCCCUAAUGGCCAUGUGAUUGCUUUGAAGAAAUGUCAGCAUGAUUUCUUUAUUUGUGGCACUCCAGUCCGUGCCUUCAGGUGUCUAAACUCGAACUCUGUGUUUGUGGCUAAGAAUGGCAGUUGUGUGGACAAGGCCAAGGCUGGCUGUACCAACUUGGCUAGGAAGAUUUCGUUGAAGAAGCGGCCAUGUAAGAAACACAGUGUAAGUUUGAAAUGUUCAUAUAGGGGUAUAGUUUAACCUUACUGCAUUUUAAAUUGUUUUUCUUGUAUAAAACUUAUUAUAUUGUAAUCUCUUUACAAUACUUUGGUUUAGAAGCCAGUAGUACACGUCCCAGUCGGUCUCCGCCCUGAGCCACGAUGCGAGAACAAAGCAGAAGGGGAGCUGGUUGGUAUCAAAAAGUGUUCACGAGAUUACAUCCAGUGUUCGAAACCAGCCAAAUUCAUGGUAUGCCCAGGACAAGCCCAAAUCUUCUCGGCUCAGACUCAGUCUUGUGUCCCAGCCAACAAAGUAGAGGAAUGUACUGUGUCUACAGCACCAAGAUCUGAUGCCAAGACUGGAGAUGUUAAGAAGGUCGACGUGGAAUUCUUCUGUGAGACCAAGUCGGACGGCUUCUACAGACAUCCACAGAACUGCUCUCGGGUCAUUCAAGUAAGUUUUAAUGUUGUUAUAGCAAUAUGUUGGACUUUCUCUGUAUAUUUUGAUACUUUGGUUGAGGUUUUACUGUAGUUUGGUAUUUUAUAAACAUUUUAAAUUAAAAUUUGUUUUUCAGUGUUACCGUAACGAGAUAUUUGAGUACCCAACAUGUCCUCAAGGCCUAGUGUUCAACGAAGCCCGGCAUGCUUGUGACUACAAGGAGAACGUUCCUGAAUGUUCGGCCGAAAACGACAUUCAACUUCGUACGGACGACUCGAACCCAGAGCAAGAUACGGUAUGUACUGUUCACAACCACGGCGAUCACAUUCCUCACCCAACCGACUGCACCAGGUUCUACCGAUGUGUAUGGGGUCGGGCUGAGCUCAUGAGUUGUCCACCGACUACGGUCUUCAACCCGAAUCUCAGUGUUUGUGACUACCCAUCGGCCGUAGCAUCAUGUUCUUCGUAGUUUCGACUGUAUUAUUAUGGAUUAUAUUGUUCUAGGUGGUAAGAUUGUUCUUAUAAUAGUUUAGUAUGUUUGUAACUUUAAUCUCUUAACUUUGUUUCAUUUUUUAACUUUUUCUGGUUGUAUACUAGUUGAUCACUGUUAUUUUUGGGGUAACAGUGAUUAGAAAUUAUUUCAGUUUAAUGUUUGUCUCUACUUACUAUAAUAUAUUUGUAACUAAUUUUUAUUUUGUGAACUUUUUAACCUCUAACUACUGUGUAAACUAAUGGUAAUAUUUUCUGAUUGAUAAACUUUUUUUGAUCUUUCGCUUUACUUUUUGACCAGUUUGGUGGAAAUAUUUGUUUGGAUCAAAAUAUAUGUUAUUCACACUCUAACUACUAUGAAUAACCUGGUGUUAGCCGAGUGAUUCGGCAUAUGAAUAAUAUUAUACUUCCUUUUGAUUGCCUUUGGGAUGCCCUCGGGGGCUAUUUCGAGGGUGUGUUGUUGUUUCGAUUCUUUAGGACAGACAUUCCUAUCGGCUUCUUCCGCCUACUCAGGCCGAUCCGGAUGAGAGAGUGUGUUGAUUGGGGAGAGUGCAAGGAUUGAAGAGGGCAAUGAGACAGUACUGAGAAUGGAGAGGGCGACAGAUGAAAUAAUAGCGUUAGGAAUGAAUUGAAAUUAGACAAAAGAUAUUGUGAAUGCAAGAAAUGGCAGACCGUCAAACAUGAAGUAAGUAGGAGAAGAAAGUAAAAUGAUAUAAUUUUGUAAAUACACUGGCUUAAAUGUAAUCUACAGUCUAUAAUAAUGAGAAUUUUGUUUUUAAACCGGUAUAUUACGUUAAUAUAGGGAAAAUGAAACCCAAUGAAGCUGUUUUAUAUAACUAUUUAAAAUUUAAAAGCUUCUAAAUGUGAUCUGACCAUUGAAAGACUCAAACUAAAUUACAGUUCUAUUUUUCUUGCUUUAAAACUCCUCUUUUGCCACUUUAAACUUUAUAAUUUUAUAUAAAUCACGUUCAAGAGCAUAUCCAAUUUAUAACUCGACAGAGAAAGAUCCAAAGGCAAAAUAUAACGCAAAUCAAAGAGAGUUGUCGGACAAACAGACGGAAACAGAGAGCGGCCGAAGGGAAAAGGAAUUGAUUUUGCCAACUCUUGGGGAUUCUCGGCCCUUCUUUCUCCGAUCGCUUUUCAAAAUUUCUCCCACCGAAAUUCGAAAAACUUUUCAAAUUACAGUACUUUUUUGGGUUCAUUUUGAGUUCGAAUUGAAUUUUGUAGUAAUUUGCACAGUUUUGACCUUAUUUCAGAUUGGCAUAAAAGUUUUGUCGUUUUUUGACGUGAAAAAUAAGGUUCAAAACCGACAAGACUUUUUUGAAUUUUAAAAUUACUAUUAAUUCGUUCUUUUAUCUUUUCAUAAUCGAAAAGCUUGUAAAACUAUUUACUGUCACAUUUUACAUUCUUAGAAAUACCACUUUACAGGCUCAUAAAUCAAUGCGCAACUUCCAACAUCGUUCGCCGAGCCGUGGCGAGUCCGCCGAGCGUGAGACCCGCUUCGGUGGGUACGGUGACCGAGUCGGCUCCGGCGUCGAGCUGGCUCCGAACCAUUGGAAGGGCGGUCAGCUUGUGACCGACGCGGAGACCGUGAACAAGGUCUUGUACGGAAUCAAGCCCAAGAAGAUGUUCUACUCGCCUAUCGGGGAUGGUGUUGUGGCGGCGGAUGGAAUCGAGCUGAAGCGAGGACCGGUCGAUUUGACGCCUAAAGUGGAAGUGAUCCAACAACGUGUGGUCGAAAAGGGAUCGCCAGGACAGGCCGGCGUUCGUGUGACCGAACGUGCGUGGAGCAGUGGUGCACCUGGCGCGGGCGGAGACUCGCUGACUCAAAGUGGCUAUUCUCAGAAGCCGGCUGCUCCAGCCGCUUCGCAAUCAGCAGCCAGCACUCCGGCACCAGUACCAGCAGCACCAGCCGCUCAGAGUGCCAACAGUACUCCGGCUCCAACUGCACCAGCUGCGGUAAGUCCAUCGCCGUUCGCUGGUUUGGGUGAUCCACUUGGACUGGGUGGACCAGCUGCUAGUACUCCAAACUAUGGUACACUGAACAGCGCCCCAUCGUCGAAUUACAAUACUUUGGCAUCGAGACCAGCCACCGAGCCUUAUGCCCCGUACAGUACGUUGGGAUCACAACGAUCGUCGGCCGCUCCAUAUGAUCGUAAGUUGAGCUAGGUUUAAUCUCUUAAUUCUUGUAUUAUAUUAAGGAAGUUGUUGUAAAUUACCUAGAAUGUUACCUAAAAGAGACUUUUUAGUUUAAAAUGUUCAAAUUUGAGUUUAAGCAUUAGAUCUAAUGAUAAUGAUAGAUAAUAUUGUUCGUUUUAGCUUUGGGAAGCAAAGCCAACAGCAGAGCCGGCUCCGUCUUGGACUAUCCUGCUUCCGGACGAGCUAGUCGUGCUAGCAGUAAGUUUAAAAUAUUUUUUUUGAAAAAAAAAUUUAAUUUUUUGAAAUUUUUCAAUUCAAAAUAUUUUAAAUUUAAAAAAAUUCAAACAAUAUUCUUUAAAUUAUUUUAAAAUUUUAAUUUUUCAAUAUUUUUAAAUGUUUUUAAAAAUUAUUAGCUAUUCCAACUCGCUUUCAGCCACCGCCGACUUGUUCAGUGAGCCAGGCUAUCGCUACGAGAUCAAAAAAGAUUAUCAGGUAACCAACCCAAAAGAACUUAUCCAUCAAUAUGCUACAACCACGCCAAUUCAAACGAUCCCCGGCUUCGAACAGGAGAGCAUUCGAACCAUCAAACAAAGCUAUUCUACUGUUACUGAGGAGACGUAUGUUGUCUUAUUGGAUCUUUAAUUUAAAUUUUUUUGUUUUAAAAAUUAAUUUUUUUUGUUUUAAAAUGGUUAAAAAUUUUUUUCAUUUUUUGAUGUAUCAAUAAUUAAAAUUACAAUUUACAACUUUUUUUAAAUUAAGAAUAUUGUGUUACAGUAGCUACGGCCCAUACCCACCAUACGCCGCCGGUCCAAACUCAAUGAAACCAAAUCAGUUUGUGAAACAGCUACGUGAUCAAAGUGAGUUUUUGGAUUUAAAACUUUAAAACACAGACCUACUUUACCCUGCCUUUCACUUUACUAUUCAAAAUGGCUUGGGCGGCAUUUUUGAUUUCUUUUGGAGACCCGGCUUGUGCACUACAGGGUGUCCAAACUUUUUUGAAGGAAAGUAAAAGCUCCGUUCUCAAAAAGUACGGGUCUGGAGUUUAAUGGAGUUUUAAUCUAUCUUCACUUUUACUACGUCUAUCUACUUUUGCUGUAAAUGAGAACUGUUCUUUUACUAUAUUAUCUGAUCAAUCUUAAUCAUAUCCUUAAAAAUGUCAUAAAAUUGAUCUUUUCCAGACUUAACUAUCACUCAACGCCAAGCCAACCAAAACCUUCAGUCCGUGGUUAACGAAGACCCGAACCUCAGCUCGAGAAUCGAUCAAGUCAGACGCCAAAACCAGUCCACCUCAAACAACGAAAUCGACUCGCUAACUCAACGACUGGUCAGCGGACUCAACACAAAACACUACUAAUUUCUGUUCUUUUUAUUACCUAUUUUUCGAAUUUUUACUUUUCAUGACCUAUUUUUAAAUUUUUUUAUUGGUUUUUAAAUGUAUUUUUUUAAUUUUGAGGCCUAAUUUGAUUUUUUAAAGACGUAUUUUUUAAAUUUUUAAAAGUUUUUGCAUUAUAUUUUGUCUUUAUAGCCAUUACAUGACAUAAUUUACAAUUUUUAGUAAAAUUACAAGUUAUUUUGUAAUUGAGCACACAUUUUUAUUUUGUCUUAUUUUUUCAAUUUCUUUAAGGAGCUAUUUUAAAAUGACACAUUUUUAAAUUUUUUUAUUUACAAACUAUUUUUUUUGUGUGUAAAAUGACAAUUUUUAAAUUUUAAAUAAAAAUAAAGAGUUUAAAAACCUAAUAUUGCAAAGGACUUUUUUGAUUAGAGGGGCAAUGCACGAUAGAGUAUAGUAAAAUAGGAUCGAAUAGAAUAGGGUUCUUUAGGUAAAGUGGGUAGGUAGGGUAGGGUAGGGUAAAGUAUGGUACGGUAGGGUAAGAGAAAACAGGGCAUGCUUUGUCAGGAUAGGGCUGGGUAAAGUAUGUAAAAUCAGUUAUUUCUUUAUUACAACAUUUAAAAGCUUGCAGACAAAACAAUCAACGAAGAGUUUAUGAGUUGAAGACCUACAUCGAUGAUUUUGAUACAUGCACUUUUACUUUUAUAAAACAGGGUCUUGUGUAAAAAUGUUUUAGACUGUUUUUAUGAGUAACUUAUCAAUGGAUUUUUUUAAUUAAAAAAAAUAAUAAUGUAAGUUCAGUAAUUAUAACUAGGCAGCUUUUCAAGCCUUGCCUUCUUCUCUGCUCAUGUCUUUUAGAAGUUCUUGCCUUUUGCUAUACCUUCAAAACCUAAUAGCUAUAAUAACAAAAUCGUGUUUAAAAAUCAAUAUUUAUGUAAUGCCUUAUGAAAAACGCUUUGCCUGUCGUUUUAUAUGUUAUAUUAUGUUUUAUAUGUUAUCUUAUGCUUUAUAUGUUAUAUUAUGCGAGUGAUCGCAAGUAUGUGUUGGUCGAAAGUUGUGAAGUCGGCUAGAGAACUUAUAGUUCUUGCUUUAAAAGGCUCCGUUUCGUUUGGAAAAUCAAAUUUUGAUUGCUUGCUUAUCUUAUUACAAGGGCUGUUUUUGGUCACAAAAGUCAAUAUUAGUAGUGGUUUCGUAUUGAUUUGAAGAAAAGUUUUGUUAUGAUUUUUCGGGUGAUAUUCUUGGGUAUCAGUGCUUUCAAAUCGUUAUUUUAUAAAAUUUAAAAGCAAAAAUAGUUUAUAACUUUUAAAAAUUUUGCAUAUCAGUUAGAGCGUUAUUGUCGUGGGUGUAUAGUUAAGAUUAGGCAGGGUAAUUUCUAUCGGUAGCGUAAAUUAAGGUUUGCUACCUUAAAACAGAAUAAAGAUAAAGCAGAGUAAGGUUAAGGUGGAGUGGGAUUGUUAAAAACAAAGCUAGGUGAAGCAGGUCAAAGCGGAGGAAGAAAGUCAACUUUAAAACACUUUGGAGUAUGUUAUAGUCGAUCAGGCCAUUUCAUGGCAGGGGAAGACUGGACAUAAUAGGGUAUGACAAGAUAGGGUAGAGUAUUGUAUGAUAGGGUAGUCUAGGCUCAGGCAGUACAGACCAAAGCAAGACAAUACAGAAUAGGGUAGGGUAAGGUUGGGGUGGUAGGGUGAAGUUGAGUAGGGUAUGUCAUACCUAAAUAUUGUUUUUUAUAUUUUUUACCUUUAAAAUAUAAUUUUUAGAUGUCAAUCAGUUUCGCCGGUCAAGUAGCAAUUGUUACCGGUGCUGGCGGUGGUCUCGGCCGAACCUACGCUGUGGAGCUAGCCAAACGUGGAGCCAAAGUAGUGGUUAACGAUCUUGGUGGAGAUCGCCACGGAACGUCACAGAGCACAUCGGCCGCCGACAAGGUUGUGUCUGAGAUCAAGGCAGCCGGUGGAACGGCUGUCGCUAAUUAUGACAGUGUUGAGUUUGGCGACAAAAUUGUCAAAACGGCCAUCGACAACUUUGGCAGAAUUGGUGAGGGUUUAAAAUUUUAUAAAUUCAAUGUUGGAAAUAAAGUUCUUGCCAUUUUUGUUUUGGAAAGAAAGUUCUUGCCAUUUCUUGUUUUGUAAAGAAAGUUCUUGCCAUUUUUUGUUUUGGAAAGAAAGUUCUUGCCUUUUCUUGUUUUGUAAAGAAGUCUUUGCAAUUUCUUGUUUUGUAAUGACAGUUCUUGCCAUUUUUGUUUUGGAAAGAAAUUUCUUGCCUUUUCUUGUUUUGUCUUGCGUUUUUAACUUUAUUUUUCAGAUAUUCUUAUCAACAACGCCGGUAUCUUGAGAGAUGUGUCGUUUGCUAACAUGAAAGAGCUCGACUGGAGUAAGUUUACUUUACUUUGGCUUGUAUUUUUAUAUUUUAGUCAUGGUUUGUUGCUAAAAAACGUCAUGGUUGAAAAAAAAAUAUUAUUUUAGAUAACAAACACUGAAAUUUAUCGGUUUUUCUUGAAUUUUUUGUGAUUUUAGGUAACAAAGUUAUAAAACUAUGUUAUUUAUAAGUAAAACACUAAAGUUAAAAUAACAUUUAGACCUCAUUAUGAAGGUGCACUUGUAUGGAGCUUACUCUUGUACUAAAGCUGCUUGGCCCUACAUGAGAAAACAAAAGUACGGCCGUCUCGUCUUCACAUCUUCUAACUCUGGCAUGUACGGUAGCUUCGGUCAGGUGAACUAUGCGGCUGGUGAGUUGACUUAAAAUAUUGUAGGAUAAGAUGAAAUAAGACAGGUUGGAGUAGGGUGAGGUAAAGUAGGAGAAAAUAGGGUAGGGGAAAGUAGGUAGGGUAGAGUAGGGCGGAGAAAUUUAGGGUAGGGUAGCAUAUAUGGCUGGGGACUUAUACUUCAAAUUUUUUUCUUCAAAAAUAUUUUUUUUCUCUGUGAAAAUUAAAAAAUGGCGCAGAAAAAUACAGAAUCCGGCGCUAUCUGAAAAAAAUAUCGUUUGAAAGAGAGAGAGGCUUUUCUCUAGUGUCUCCCGUUUUAUUGUGCUCUCUUUUUUAAAACGGCGCAGAAUUUUGUAUUUUCCUGCGCCAUUUUUUGGUUUUCACUGAGAAAAAAAAAUAUUUUUGAGAAAAAAAAAUUUGAAGUAUAAGUCUCCAGCCAUAUAUGGUAGGGUAGAGUAGAGUAGGGAGGAAGGGCACAUAAAUUUGACAUAACUUUUAAAAUGACUUCUUUUUUUCAGCCAAGCUAGCCCUAGUAGGCAUGUCCCAUUCUCUUGCCCUAGAGGGAAAGAAGUACAAUAUCUUCUCCAAUGCUCUGAUCCCAACAGCUGGCUCCAGAAUGACACAAACUGUAUUGCCUGAGGACAUGGUCGAGUUAUUGAAACCUGACUUUGUCACUCCUUUGGUCACUUAUUUAGUUUCCAAGGAAAACGAAAACACUGGCCAGAUCUACGAGGCUGGAGCUGGCUGGUACGGUCAAGUCAAACACUACCGGUCGAAGGGAAAAGUUAUUCCUGACGCUACUGCUGAGAAAAGUAUGUUAUUGUAGAGGAUCUGAACGAAUUUUAAAAUUUUGCAAAAAUUUGUACUUGGAAAGAAAAUUUUCGCCAUUUUUUGCUUUGGAAAGUAAAUUAUUGCUAUUUUUUGUUAUGUAAACAAAGAUCUUUCUAUUUUUGUUUUGUAAAGAAAAUUUUUGCUAUUUUUUAUUUUGUAAAGAAAUUUUUUGCAGUUCUAGCUUUUAAAAAUUUGAUUUUCAGUCCGAGACAACUGGGCUAGCAUCACCGACCAAGCUGGAGCCGUCGCUUUCGACAACUCAGGCGAAGUCACUGCUUCACUGUUCGACGCUCUUGAAAAAGCAAAGUUGUAA